AUGAAAAUCUGUGUCAUUGUAGCUUUCGACUCAAACUUCCGCCUUUCACCAUUUGGUAUGGUCAAACGCCGUAUUACAAAAGUCAAUACGAAAGCUCCAACUGCUUCAUCUAUCACCGCUGUCUGGUUUGAACUCACAACAAGUGAUUCAUAUGUGCAUUCGUCAAAGCUUUUGUCGCUGCUUAAACGCAUGUUCAUCUUCUGGGUUUGUUUGGCUGUACGAAAUCAACUUGCUGACUUUAUAAUUCCACAGGAGUUGUCUCAUCGUCCUCCGUCAGUCUGUAACGAAGCGCGUCACCACAUGCGAGCGCUUUCUGUUGCAAUUGCUGCCAAUCUGUUGGGAACAACCAUCAUCCGCCCAGUGUUUGGUACCACACCGCAGUUUGAAGACACUGUGCGACUUGUCAUACCAAUCUACUUUCUGGUUUGGGUCGUCGUCGAUGGUCUCCGCAUUCCGAUGCCUCUGCUCAAGACGAUUGUAGGCUUAAGUGUUAGUUGGCUGAAGGCUAUCAUGAUCCCUAAACUGGUCAUGGAAUGGCAGGUGAAAACAAGCGCUCAUCCACUUGGGUUUCUUGUCAUUUCUACGGCCAAUUUGUACGCCAGUGGACUGGUGCUGCGCUAUUUGAAAAACUAUGGCCGAACGCAUCGUGUGAUUGAUUUAUCAAUGGGUGCGGUUGGAUUCGUCUUGCAAAUUGUCGGAACUAGUGGUGCUAUUGGUGUUGUGGCACACGUUGCGAAUCAUUUCAUGUCGAAUGAAGAACGAGUAUUGGAAGCUCGUGUGCUCUAUUUUUGCGUGGCUUGGUUUGCACUUGAUAAGUAUUGGAAGAAAGCGGUUGGAGAUCUGUUAGUUUCCUUGUUAACUACAUCACAUAAGUCGAAGACUGCAUGA